CUGCCUUCCUGUGCGGGUUGUGGGGUGUCCUACUUCGUCCCGUGCGUCUGGCGGUCCCGUGACUCUUCCUCGCCCUGUUGCCCGCAGCGGCAGCUCCACUUCUCAAGGGCCCAAGGACACAGAUGAGUUUGAUGAAUGCGCGGCUGCAGCACCAGGUUCAGAGCAACGUUAAGCUUAAACUCUUUCGCCAGGAACAAUGAUUUCCGAAAGCACUUCUUUCGUGAAAGGCGUGCUGUUGGGAGGGAUCUUCUGCGUGUUGGUCACGUUCCUGGGACACAUAAAGACAGGUUAUUGGACUAAAGUACAUCAUCACGAGCACCAUCACAUCCAAGCUCCGAACCAGGAAGAUGUGUCCAAUCUGUCCGAAGUGGAGCGUGUGGAGCUCAGUCAAAGCAUCCGUGUUUAUUGUAUUAUCCUUGUGAAACCUAAGGAUCUUGGACACUGGGCUGCAGUGAAAGAAACCUGGAGCAAACACUGCGACAAGGCAGAAUUUUACAGCUCUGAAAACGUGAAGGUGUUUGAUUCUAUCACUCUUAACACAGACGACAUGUGGGCAAUGAUGAGGAAAGCUUAUAAAUUAGCCUACGACCACUAUAAAGAUGAGUACAACUGGUUCUUUCUGGCACGUCCAACUACGUUUGCCAUCAUAGAAAAUCUUAAAUAUUUCUUGCUGAAGAAAGACUCAUCACAGCCUUUUUAUAUAGGUCAUACUGUAAAGUCAGGUGACCUCGAGUAUGUCGACGGUGAGGGAGGGAUUGUUUUAAGUAUUGAGUCACUAAGAAGACUCUCCAAAGUUUUUGAAGACCCAGAUAAGUGCCCAGAGCAGGGAGGUAUGAUUUGGAAACUCUCCGAGGACAAACAACUGGCAGUCUGUCUGAAGUACACUGGAGCAUUUGCUGAAAACGCAGAAGAUUCUGAAGGAAAAGAUGUCUUUAACACCAAAUCAGUUGGUUCACUUAUCAAAGAGGCAAUGUCUAACCACCCACAACAGGUAGUAGAAGGGUGCUGUUCCGACAUGGCCAUCACUUUCAAUGGACUGGCUCCAAACCAUAUGCACGUAAUGAUGUACGGUGUCUACAGGCUGCGAGCAUAUGGGCACGACUUCAACGAUGCACUAGUUUUCUUACCUCCAGCAGACUCAGACAAUGACUGAUCUCUGCAGAAAAGAUGGAUGCAUUGUUGGAACAUGCAGUGGUUAAUGAAUAAUGCAACUCGCAUCUGUACAAGCUGGUGCAAUUUCCAUAUUUGAGGGCAUGGGUAUAUUUUUUGCACAUCAAGGUCUGGUAAUGCUCAAGUAGAAAAGGAGGUCUCUUUUUUUCUAAAUCUUUUUUUAUACAAAAAUGUUUCUGGCUUUUGACAGUGUUGGAAUGAAAUGUUAAAGGUACUGUUAAUGUUUAUGUGAUAAAAUUUAAAUUUAUAUGGGGUGUUUGUAUAUGUACAUAUUUAUAAAUGAAAAUUCAAAUGAAUCUUAAUCUACUGUAAUUUAAAUAUAUUUUUGCAAGAUUUUUGAUCCUUUGAACUUCAAGGCAUUUUCUUGAAAAUCUUUAUAUCUUUCUAUGACAUACAAAUAAAAACAAAAAUGAAGAUUUGGUAAAGUA